GUGAACACAAACCUGUUUGAUCAAUUCCUAAUCCCAAGCCUCCUAGGCAUCUCCCUAUUAAUGCCGGCCCUACUAAUAACUGCCAUUCUCCUUUUAAACCCUAAAAAUCAAUGACUAUCACACCCAACAGUAACAAUCAAAUCUUGAUUUAUUAAUAAAGCUACAAAACAAAUCAUGCUUCCUAUCAGCCCCUCAGGGCGGAAACAAUCCUUAAUCCUCAUCUCCUUAUUAAUCCUCCUUCUCUUUACUAACCUGCUUGGCCUACUUCCAUACACCUUCACCCCAACAACACAACUAUCUAUAAACAUAGCCCUCGGCCUUCCUCUAUGGCUGGCAACAGUAUUAAUCGGGCUUCGGACCCGCCCAACGGCCUCCCUGGGCCACCUUCUUCCAGGAGGGACCCCCACCCUCCUUAUCCCGGGCCUAAUCUUGAUCGAGACAAUUAGCCUACUAAUUCGACCAAUCGCCCUAGGUGUCCGACUAACAGCAAACCUAACUGCGGGCCACCUACUAAUUCAAUUAAUCUCAAUCGCCACAUUAAACCUCUGAUCCAUAAUACCCCCACUUAGCCUAUUGACCUUGACAGUCCUGAUUCUCCUCUUAUUACUAGAAUUUGCUGUGGCCAUAAUCCAAGCCUACGUCUUCGUCCUCCUAUUAUCCCUAUACCUUCAAGAAAACACGUAA